UAAUAAAGAUGUGUAUGUAACAAUUUUCUUAAAAGAAAACCCGGGUGAAAAGUUGAGUGGCGUCCCGAUAAAAAAAAGACCCAGCUAUGAACUGAUUGGGGUAAAGGUAAACGGUUACGACUGGAUUAGGGGACGCGAAGAGGAGGAGGUGUUGAGCUUUGAAUAAGGUGAAGUCAACGGCAGCCAUUACCUCAUUUUCUUCCGAUUGCGUUGGCAGGUGCGUAAUGCGCACAUUGCGUACACCAGACGGGAUGUCAACCAAUCACACGCGACUCUGUCAGUCUCGCACACUCAAAACCUUCCUUCCCCGAACAACAACCACCGUUUUCUUGCAUUCCACUUCUCACCAUGUCCUUGAUGCCCAAUUCUAGGGUUCCUCUUCUCCUCUUCAUCUCUUCCAUAUUCUUCACCUCUUUUCCAGGGUUGACGUUUGGUGCAAUUGUGUCGCUGAGAUCAAUUGAGAUUUUUAAAACGCACGAGUGGCUGAAAGCCACUACAACGGUGUAUUUCCUAUGCAAAGGGGAGAACGAGACGGUGCUUCCAGAUGUCAAGAAACCCCACGCCAUUUAUGCUUUCAAUGGUCAAGAAUCUUGGCAGCCUUUAAGCAGCUUUUCAAGUAAAAAAUGCAAGCGGUGUGGAUUCUAUGAGGAGGACAGCAUUACUUCGGAUGAUGCAUUUGACGAAUGGGAGUUUUGUCCUUCUGACUUUGCUGCACCCAACGGUGAAUAUAUUCGGUUCAAGGAAAAGGAAUUCAAUGCUACUUUCCUGUGCCCUGAGUGCUUAUCUCUUGCUGGUGUUGAUGAGCAUGAUGACGGAAAAGGAAUGCAUAUAGCUGUUGUCGUUUUGCUGAGUAUUUUGGUUUCAGUUACACUGAUUCUUGGAGUGGUGGGUGCAUAUAAGUUCUGGCGAAAGAAGUUAAGGGAACAGGACCAGGCUCGGCUUUUGAAGUUAUUUGAAGAUGAUGAUGACAUUGGGGAUGAGCUGGGCCUUGGUAGUGCAAUUUGAUAUAACGAUAGUGAAGAAAAUACCUCCUUCACAGUAUAGGUCAACCUCAAAAUUUUGUUUAUGAAAAAGAAUGAGAAAUUAUUUUCUUCUGGUUUAACAUGCGACUAUGCCGAUUAUAGGAAAUAUUCAUCAAAGCGGGAAGAAAGGUGUGCCAAUGUUCAUAUACACCUGUACAUGAAAUAGAGCUACGUUGUACUUCAUAUUUUAGGUUUGCUCGGCAAUUUAGUAGAAACAGAACAGAAAAAGAAAUAAAUGGUGUACUUCAUCUUUAAGUUAUGCUCAGCAAUUUUGUAAAAACAAAAAAGUAAAAUAAAUAAAUGUCAUGAAUGAUCAUUAUUUUUAGAGCA